AUGGCCCCUGCGGACGACAUCGUCUUCUACGACAUUGCCUCGAAGCAGCCAUUGACCACGUUUGGACCAAACCCAUGGAAGACACGAUUGGCGUUGAACUUCAAAGGCCUUCCGUACAAGACACAAUGGGUGCAGAUGCCAGACAUUAGCAAGGUGCGAGAAGAGCUUGGCAUCCCUGCUAAUCGGACGCUACCUGAUGGCACUCCCUACCACACACUGCCUGCCAUGAACGACAAUGGCACAUUGGUUGGCGACUCGUUCGAGAUAGCUCUUCAUCUUGAUGCUGCUCACCCUAACACACCACGCCUCUUCCGUCCUAACACAUACGGUCUCACUGCAGCAUUCAAUGCCUACGUCGAUGGCAUCUUCACCAAGCAUGUUGGCUUGAGCACCAAGAUGCCCUUCGAUGCUGCCGUCGAAGAGGAGGUCAUGGCGAUCUUCGCCAAGAGAGCUGGAGUGGAGAAGCUGGAUGACGUGCAGCCCAGUGAAGAGGAGCGCAAAUCACUUCUGAGCACGUUCGAGUCCGCUCUUGGCGAGCUGGCAAAGGCUUAUCAGCAUACUGGUGGCACGACAGACUGGAUCUGGCGGCCUAAUGGCACAGAUCAGGCUCAAAGGCAGCGCCCGCCGGCUGGUCGCAAGGGUACCGAAAUCCAGUUGGAUGGCGACGAGUUCGUGUAUGCCGAUUUCAUUGUCGGUGCUUGGCUUAAGAUGAUGGAGGGGAGUAUACCGGAUAAUGAGUGGCAGCUCGUGAGAGGGUGGCAUGGUGGCAUAUGGGGGAGGCUUGUGGAUGCGCUUGAGCCAUUGACGGUCAUGAGAUGA